AAACCAAUUGCAAACAGAUUCUGCAGCAACCAUUAGUACACUUGCAUCAGCCGUUAGUACACUUUCAUCAACUAUCGCUAAUAACUUUUAUUAUGUCAAACUAGUUAUUAGCAAUUUUUCGCAAGGAGGUCUCUAUUUGGGUCAAUAUGGAGGCCCUGAUCUAAAUGUUAUACAACCAACCAUUAUGAAGGAUACUUCUGCAACAUAUAUGUGCAAAUCUAAAAUAUAUCGUAGUCUAAGCGCUCAAAUGAUAUUCUGGAGCGCUCAAGAUCUAUAUCGUACUGCAUGGUCUGAAAGCGCCUUCUGCGUAUCCAUUAACAAUGGUGAUAAGUCUAGAUUGUUAGUAUACGAGUGUACAUCAAACGAUUCUUUAGAUAAUGUGUUGAGUGGGAAAAUAGGUAAAGAAAUAAUUAAUUUAACGAAUGGUACUACAUAUAAGAAUUUCUACGGCUCUUUUAUCUAUGCUAGUAUUACAGCUGAUGAUUAUAUGAACAUAGAAAUUAAUAUACAAAUAGGGGGAAAUCCAUUUAAAUUUUAA